AUGGCGGAUCUUCAACCAUGGGCAAUUAUCAUUCUCGUUCUACUCGGCUGUGGACUUCUCGUCGUAACGAUAGCCGGACUGGGAAGAAUGUACCUUGGAGACACCAGUGCUACGGUGGAAUGUCGACCUUCGGAUACACAAGCGAGCUAUAUGCGAGAAGUGAGGGAGAGAAAUCAGACGGAUAUCUUGCGCAAGAUGCAGCGCGGACCCGUCAACAUGCAACGCAGUCAGCCUUCUUAUACAAAUUACACGGAUUAUUCCUCUGCUGCUGGAGUUUGUAGGUUCUUUUUGCUUCUUGAUCAAAAAGACAUGUACACUGACUGUUGUCGAUCAGAAUUCUGA